AUGCAAUCUUCACUAUCUAAUUCGUCGCAAGGGAAACAACCUGUAAGAGUUCAGUGGGAUCCGGAACGGUCGCCUUCCACGAAGACAAAGCUUCCAUAUCGAAGUAUACAAAUCGGCAUUGGGAGAAGUGUAGCCGAAACCUGGGCCAAGGAGAUGAUCCUGGGUAUUGAGGAUGUAACUGAGAAAGCGAGGCGAAUGUAUGACGACGUUGAAGCUGGAAUGGGAGAGAAAGAGCUGGGAGAGAAAUACAUCAAUGAGUUUAUCUACGAUCCCGAAAACGAGGAGGUCAGAAAAGUUAUUCGAUUGGAUGCAAAAGAGGAGGAUACGUAA